AUGCGGGACCACUACAGCGCACUGGUGGCGCCGUCCAGCAACGGCAGCAAUGACGAGGAGUACGACGUUGCGCCGCUAGAAGGCUACAGGGACGGCACCGCACCACACCAGGUGGGGGAGAGUAACGAAGUCAUCGGUGGCACUGACGUCCGGUCCUCCUCGUCGGAGGUGUCGCCGCUGUAUGUGCGGGCGGGGAACUACAAGUCGCGUCGAGAGUCCUUCCAGGACUUGGUGGUGCCGAACGCGGCAUACCGGAGGGAGUCGAAUGGGUGUCCAGUCUUCCUGCCCCCACUCGGCUACCGCCGUCGGAGUGAGCGAAGCAGCCAGAGUUCCUCAAUGCCGCCGCCGGGCUCUGAGAGCAACGAACUUGUGCUACACCCCCUCGUCCAUAACGGCAGCCGCUCACCACAGGUGCAGAAAGCACCGAUGCAGCCGAACGACCCGCGAUACCGCGGCGAUCACUCUGGGAUGCCGGUGUAUCCCACAGCACCGUCUAACACGUAUCCCUCAGCGCACCCGUACGUGGCGCAGGCACCACAGACGACCAAGACGACUCGCGACUACAAAAUCAUCAAGAGGCGGCGCGUGCGUACCUACGUGCGAGAGUCAGUCGUGAGCAGCAGCACCAACGGCGAGAACACGAGUAGCAGCAGUAGCAGUGUGAAUAUAAACGAACGCAUGAGCAGCGCAAGCUGGGAGGAGGACUCCGCCUCGAGCAGCAGCAGCAGCAGCACCCAUGUGGUGUACGUGGAGGAAGCGGAGCAGACAGACGCAGCGAGCGACAACUCCAAGCCCAACAGCACCUCCGCCCCACGCCAGCAGCAGCAGCAGCCAUCAAAGCAGAAACCGGCACGACGACUAAGCGUGCCCCACCGCCCACACAAGCCACGGAGGCCCACUCCCCCAAAGAAGUCACUUUCGAAGACGACAGGGAACGGCAGUGGUGCAGCGGCCCGCUGA